CUUUGAGCCUGCUACUUUUUGUCCUUUGUUCGCUGAGUUGCAAAAAGAAAACUUUUUAACAUCGAGCCUCACUCGCCAGCCCUUACCCUCCUUCAGCAAUGGAUCAGUCUUCAGCCAACGUUGAUAUCAAGAAGAAGCAGCAGCAGGAAGCCCCCACGCCCCAGAAUACGCCCAUUUUCUCCGCGCCUAUCAAUCCCUCUGUGCCAGCUAGUGAAGAAGAUAUGGAGACCAUCCAGACCCCAGGAACCCGCGAGAACAUUCUCGCUAGCAACCCUCAGCUCCUCUCCAUGCUGCAGGGUCGUCUCGGCGGCUUGGUCGGCGCCCCCUCAGGCUAUCUCCAGACCUUGGGCCCUGAUGUCCGUCGCCGCGUCAAGGGGUUGAAGUCGCUCCAGCACAAGCACGCCGCCCUCGAGGCUGACUUCCAGAAGGAGAUCUUGGCUCUGGAGAAGAAGUAUCUUGAGCUUUACACUCCUCUCUACCAAAAGCGUUCCGAGUACGUCAACGGUAAGGCCGAGCCCACCGAUGCCGAGGUCGAAGACGGCGUCAGCGAUGGCGAGGAGGAAGAAGAGGAGAAGGAGGAAGAUGACGAUGAGAAGGAUUCCGAGAAGGUCGAAGGUAUCCCCGAGUUCUGGCUUACUGUCCUGAAGUCCCAUCCUCAGUUCACCGAUGUUAUUACAGAGAAGGACGAGGACGCAUUGAAACACUUGGUCGACAUUCGCUUGUCGUACUUUGAGAAGCCUGGAUUCCGCCUGGACUUUGAGUUCUCUCCCAACGAGUACUUCACCAACACCACCUUGUCCAAGACUUACUUUUACCAGGAGGAGCUCGGAUAUGGCGGCGACUUUGUCUACGACCAUGCUGAGGGCACCAAGAUCGAGUGGAAGGAGGGCAAGGAUCUCUCGGUUACUAUUGAGACUAAGAAGCAGCGCCACAAGGGAACCAACAAGACUCGCGUGGUCAAGAAGACAGUCCCAGCCGAGACCUUCUUCUCCUUCUUCACUCCCCCAGUCGCACCCGAGAAUGAGGAUGAGAUUGAUGAUGAAGACGAGGAUAUUGAUGAGAAGCUGGAGGCCGACUAUGGCUUGGGUGAGGAGCUCAAGGACAGCAUUGUUCCUCGUGCCAUCGACUGGUUCACCGGCAAGGCUCUGCAGUACCAGGAUAACGAUGACCAGUACGACGAUGACUUUGAAUACGAAGACGACGAGGAAGAGGAGGGUGACGAUGACGAUGAUGACGAGGAUGAUGACGAUGAUGAUCUCCCCGCCAAGGGCGAGAAGGCCCCAGAGUGCAAGCAGCAAUAAAUGGGUUACCUCGGCCAGUCCUUUUUUUAACACACUAUUGCACCUGCAGAUCGUCUUUACCUGAUCUCGUUCUCCUCUAAUACACAUCCUCUCUUACAAUCCAUGAUUGUUUCCUUGUGUCGCGUCCACCAUGUGUUCCUUUUUGCCAGUGCAUAUUCCAAUAAAAUUUAUUAACAUUAUGUGUCGCAGGAGCGGCUAGCAAAAGAAUGGAG